UUUACAACACAAACCCCAUCUAUAUAAACCCCAAAUCCAUUUCAUUUUCAUCGCUGCAACUUCGAAGUUCAAACUCUACCCCCAAACACAAACCAAUAGAGUCCACAAGCCACCAAGCAAAGCUUGGUUUUUUGCUUUGACUGGGAACUGAGAAAUGGCUUCGAAGUCUCAAACUUCAAAACUCGCUCUUCUCCUGUGUCUCAACCUCCUCUUCUUCACUUUGGUGAGCUCCACUUACUGCCCACCCCCACCAGCCUCAAAGUGCUGUGAACCCCGCCCCAAACCCACACCUAAGCCUCCCAAGCACAAACCCAGCUGCCCAAGGGAUGCCCUUAAGCUGGGGGUAUGUGCCAAUCUAUUGAAUGAUUUGCUGCACCUUGUCAUUGGCAACCCACCAAAGACCCCCUGCUGCAGCCUCAUUCAGGGCCUGGCUGACGUUGAAGCUGCGGUUUGCCUCUGCACUGCCAUCAAAGCCAAUAUAUUGGGCAUCAACCUAAACGUUCCUGUUUCACUCAGCCUGCUGCUUAAUUACUGCGGGAAUAAGGUCCCUCAUGGAUUCCAGUGCGCGUAGAUCUGCUAUAUUAGUUUUCAUGAGACAGUUAAAAUACAUGUUAUAUUUGUUUGGAUUUGGAUUUUCCUUUGUUUCUGGUUUUGGUUGUUGGUUGUUGGCAUGCAAGGGCUCUGUCACGACUCACUUGAGUUCAUAUCAGCUUUAUUGGAUUGGGUGUAUUUCUAGGUUGGCUUAUUAAAUUGUUUGCUCUCUCCAGUGGGGGCAUUAAUAAAAUUGAUGGUGUUUUUUU